CUUGCAAACUUUGCUGCCUAGAAGGCUCAAACUCUCCACUCCAACAUCACCACUUUGUCAACCCUCCAUCUUCCUGCCACGCACCCACAUUCAGGCAAGAUGGCACCACACCCCACGGAUGAGCAGGAGGCUGCGAGAUUCAGUCAGAACUGGGCGCUGCUCGACAAGGACAACAUACAUGUCCCCAAAGACGUGCGUGAGCGCGCCCGUGUGGACGCCUUGGCCUACCUCGAGAGUAUGCAUGAGAGCUCCAAUGUCCUGGCGACUUACAACGUGCUGUGGCGUAAUAAUGAGCGCACCUGUCCGCGCUGCGAAGAGGAGGAAGGCGUCAGUUUGGAGGACAAGAUUAAGGAGUACGCAACGCCCGCCGAGCUCAUGACGCACCUAGCGACAACCUGCCCGAGCCCCGUGACGAAGUGGUUGCGCGAGCACGGCAGGGACGAAGAAAGGGACAUGGUGUGUCCGUACUGCGAGGCAAUCGGCGUUCGCAAUCCCCGCAAGUAUACCUUUCUUGUGCAGCUCGUCCGCCACAUACAUGCUAGCGAUGGUGCAACGAGUGGGGAGAAGCACGACGAGUUGAAGGCCGCAGAUGGGUGGUAUCGAGAGGAGUUUGUCAAGUCGUUCCUGCCGAUCAUCAACGACCACAGCAAGGACUGGUUGCUUCGGGACUGUCCUCGCUAUCGCUUUUGAUGCAGCAGUGGAACAUCGAAGUAGCGUGCGGAAGGCAAGGUGCCGGGUGAGCGAAACGCCUUGAUUCGGGGUCAGUGAAUAAGGCGAUGCGAGACGAGAGACAGCGAAGCGUCAAAGUAGCAAAUAGCGAAACGACACAAACAUGAC